AGCAGACGGGCACAAGCUCUGAGGAGGAGAGAGGUAUCAUCAAUCAUCAUCGCCACCACCAUCACGUCCACCACCACCACCACCACCACCACAACCGCCAAAACCUAAAACCUCCCUUCCUCCUCAUCUUCCGUAGUAGCCGCCGCCGCCGCACCACCCCAUGGACCAGCAAUCCCAGCUCGCCCUCAUCCUGGGCCCUGACCUUGCCCCUUUCGAAACCCUAAUCACCCAUCUCAUGUCCUCUGCCAACGAGCAGCGCUCCCACGCCGAGCUUCUUUUCAAUCUCUGCAAGCAGUCCGACCCGGAUUCUCUUUGCCUUAAGCUCGGUCACCUCCUCCAGUCCUGCAACAUCCCGGAGACUCGUGCCAUGGCCGCUAUUCUUCUCAGGAAGCUCUUGACCCGUGAUGAUUCAUAUAUCUGGCCUCGCCUCAACAUCAACACCCAAUCGUCGCUUAAAUCGGUGCUUCUGUCUCAAAUCCAGGUUCAAUCUACUAAGACUUUGUCGAAAAAAUUAUGUGAUACCGUGUCUGAGCUUGCUUCUAGUAUUUUGCCGGAAAAUGGAUGGCCGGAGCUCUUGCCUUUUAUGUUCCAGUGCGUGUCAUCUGAUGUGCCUAGAUUGCAGGAGUCUGCUUUUUUGAUAUUUGCGCAAUUGAGUCAGUAUAUAGGGGAUGUUUUGACUCCGUUCAUAAAGGAUCUUCACGCUGUGUUCUUAAGGUGUUUGAGUGAGAGUUCUAAUCCCGAUGUUAAGAUUGCUGCCCUGAAUGCCGUGAUCAAUUUCAUUCAGUGUUUGACGAGCUCCUCAGAUAGGGAUAGGUUCCAGGAUUUGCUUCCGGCCAUGAUAAGGACAUUGACUGAGGCUUUGAAUAAUGGUAACGAAGCCACAGCUCAGGAGGCAUUAGAACUUUUGAUUGAGCUGGCUGGAACUGAGCCUAGGUUCUUGAGGAGGCAGCUGGUGGACGUAGUUGGAUCAAUGCUACAGAUUUCUGAGGCAGAGUCACUGGAGGAGGGCACACGGCACUUGGCUAUUGAGUUUGUGAUCACUCUUGCCGAGGCCAGGGAGCAGGCGCCAGGGAUGAUGAGAAAGCUGCCGCAGUUCAUCAGUAGACUUUUUGCAAUUCUGAUGAGAAUGUUGCUGGAUAUUGAGGAUGAUCCUGCAUGGCAUACUGCUGAUAAUGAGGAUGAGGAUGCCGGUGAGACUAGCAACUACAGCGUUGGGCAGGAGUGCUUGGAUAGGCUGGCGAUUUCCCUAGGUGGAAAUACAAUUGUUCCUGUGGCGUCUGAGCAGUUGCCAGCUUAUUUAGCUGCUCCUGAGUGGCAGAAGCAUCAUGCUGCCUUGAUUGCCCUUGCCCAGAUCGCAGAAGGUUGUGCCAAGGUAAUGCUAAAAAAUCUGGAGCAAGUGGUUUCUAUGGUUUUGAACUCCUUUCAUGAUCCUCACCCACGUGUGAGAUGGGCUGCUAUUAAUGCAAUUGGGCAACUGUCUACGGAUUUGGGUCCAGAUUUGCAGAACCAAUACCACCAUAGAGUAUUACCAGCAUUAGCUGCUGCCAUGGAUGAUUUCCAGAAUCCUCGUGUACAGGCGCAUGCAGCUUCAGCUGUGCUUAACUUCAGUGAGAACUGCACUCCAGAAAUUUUAACACCUUAUAUGGAUGGUAUAGUUAGCAAAUUGCUGGUACUUCUACAGAAUGGGAAACAAAUGGUACAAGAAGGGGCCUUAACUGCUCUGGCAUCAGUUGCUGACUCGUCUCAGGAGCACUUCCAGAAGUACUAUGAUGCUGUUAUGCCUUACUUAAAGGCCAUUUUGGUAAAUGCAACUGACAAGUCUAACCGCAUGCUUCGUGCCAAAUCCAUGGAGUGCAUCAGUCUGGUUGGAAUGGCAGUUGGAAAGGAGAAGUUCAGAGAUGAUGCUAAGCAGGUUAUGGAAGUGCUUAUGUCACUACAAGGAUCUCAAAUGGAAACAGAUGAUCCAACAACCAGUUACAUGCUACAGGCCUGGGCCCGACUCUGCAAGUGUCUGGGGCAAGAUUUCCUCCCUUAUAUGAGUGUUGUGAUGCCUCCACUGCUUCAAUCUGCUCAGCUCAAGCCAGACGUAACCAUUACAUCAGCAGAUUCAGAUAAUGAAAUUGAUGACUCUGAUGAUGAAAGCAUGGAGACCAUAACUCUCGGUGACAAAAGAAUUGGGAUCAAGACUAGCGUCUUGGAGGAGAAGGCCACUGCUUGUAACAUGCUUUGUUGCUAUGCCGAUGAGUUGAAGGAAGGAUUCUUCCCAUGGAUCGAUCAGGUUGCCCCAACUCUGGUUCCUCUUCUUAAAUUUUAUUUCCAUGAAGAAGUUAGAAAAGCUGCUGUUUCAGCCAUGCCCGAGUUGCUGCGAUCUGCAAAAUUAGCUGUAGAGAAGGGGAUGGCUCAGGGGCGUAAUGAGACAUAUGUAAAGCAAUUGUCUGACUACAUUAUUCCAGCUGUGGUGGAAGCAUUACAUAAGGAACCUGAUACUGAGAUCUGUGCAAAUAUGUUGGACGCAUUGAAUGAAUGCAUACAGAUCUCUGGUCCACUUCUUGACGAAGGCCAGGUAAGAUCCAUUGUGGAUGAGAUCAAACAGGUAAUUACAGCUAGCUCAAGCAGAAAAAGAGAGAGAGCUGAGAGAACCAAAGGUGAAGAUUUUGAUGCUGAGGAGAGCGAGUUGAUUAGAGAGGAAAAUGAGCAAGAAGAAGAGGUUUUUGACCAAGUGGGCGAGAUCUUGGGAACAUUGAUCAAAACAUUUAAAGCUUCUUUCUUGCCUUUCUUUGAUGAGCUAUCUUCAUAUCUCACACCUAUGUGGGGCAAGGAUAAGACAGCUGAAGAGAGAAGAAUUGCUAUUUGCAUUUUUGAUGAUGUUGCAGAGCAGUGUCGGGAGACAGCUCUUAAAUAUUAUGACACAUAUCUUCCUUUCAUAUUGGAGGCUUGCAAUGAUGAGAAUCCAGAUGUCCGACAGGCAGCUGUCUAUGGGCUUGGUGUUUGUGCAGAGUUUGGAGGAUCUGUAUUUAAGUCUCUUGUUGGAGAGGCCCUGUCAAGGCUGAAUGUUGUAAUACGGGAUCCUAAUGCUCUCCAACCUGAAAAUGUGAUGGCAUACGAUAAUGCUGUUUCUGCUUUAGGAAAAAUUUGUCUGUUCCAUCGCAACAGUAUUGAUGCAGCUCAGGUUGUACCUGCAUGGUUGAACUGCUUGCCAAUUAAGGGUGAUUUGAUUGAAGCCAAAGUUGUUCAUGAACAACUUUGCUCAAUGGUAGAGAGGUCAGACAGUGAAGUUUUGGGUCCAAAUCAUCAAUAUCUUCCUAAAAUAGUUUCUAUAUUUGCUGAGGUUUUAUGUGGUAAGGAUCUAGCAACAGAACAAACUGCUAGUCGUAUGGUAAAUCUGCUGAGGCAGCUUCAGCAAACUUUGCCACCAGCAACAUUGGCUUCUACAUGGUCAUCUCUGCAGCCCCAACAGCAGCUUGCUUUGCAAUCCAUUCUCUCAUAGUAAGACGUGGUUUAUGAGCAUCCGAAUGGCUUUUCUGGAGGAAUGCAAUGUCCCAUGUGUGGUCUGAAGCAUAUUCAUUAGCCCAUUCUUUUCCCUAAGAUGGUUCCCAUUGUUUGGUCUCAUGGUCUGCAUAUGAUAUUUUGCAUCAAGCUGGCGUUGGUUUGAUCGUGGGUUCAAGUCAUUGCUGUGGUUAGAAUGAGUGAGUCAUUUUUGUAAAAUGUGUAUAUUUACAGAGUUUUGAUUUAUAAUCGGCCUGGAAGAGAUAAAGACAGGUGAUUGGUGGCUUGUGAGAGCAUUUUUCUGUCAGUGCAUGGGGUUUUGAUGAUUGCCAGGGAGGUAAUUCUUGUGGCAUUUUUGGUCUCAAAUAUGUUUCUCGCAAUUUUACACAUAGUCCUUGAUUGUGAAUUUUUGAUUAUAUAUGGACCAGAAUUUUGAAUGUUUAUUCUUUCACGAUGCUUGCAAUUUUGAUCUAAUAAGCAAUGAAAGAAUGGGUUGCUGGUUUCUCAAUACAAGGAAGUGCAAUCA